CGCAGAGCCCGGCGGGGGAACACAAGCAGCGGCAGCCUUCAGUCAAACGGCACCGGGCUGAGCGGAGCGGAGCGGAGCAGCAGGGUCAGCGGCUCUUAACUUUGGACUACAGGACACAUUUGGACAACGCUGCAAUGCUGCAGGGAGGACCCACUGCCGUUUAUGUAUCACUUUUAUUUUAUUCUUAUUUCCUGGAGCCAACUUUGGUGCUCGCCUUCAACCUUGACACCAGUCAUGUCAUCAGAAAAAACGGAGAGCCGGGGAGUCUGUUCGGGUUUUCUCUCGCCAUGCACAGGCAACUCAACCCGGAUGAAAGAAUGCUGUUGAUCGGUGCACCCAGAGCCAGAGCUUUGGGAAAACAGACAGCUAACAUUACAGGAGGCCUUUAUAAGUGUGAAAUCACACAGUCCAAUGAUUGUGAGCGCAUUGAGUUUGAUAGUAAAGAGGACGUACUUGUUGAGAACAAGGAGAAUCAGUGGAUGGGGGUGACGGUUCAGAGCCAGGGACCUGGGGGAAAGAUUGUGACUUGUGCUCAUCGCUAUCAGAGGCGCUUGUUUGUGAACACCCCUCAAGAGUCCCGGGACAUCAUUGGGCGCUGUUAUGUCCUGAGUCAGGACCUGACCAUUGACUCGUCCUCUGAUGAGGAUGGAGGUAACUGGAAAUUCUGCGAGGGCAGAUCCAGAGGCCACGAGAUGUUUGGAUCUUGUCAGCAGGGUUUGGCUGCCACCUUCACCAAGGACUACCAUUAUGUGGUGUUUGGAGCACCGGGAGCUUACAACUGGAAAGGCAUUGUACGAGUGGAGCAAAAGAACAACACUUUGCUAGAGAUGGGAGUGUAUGAUGACGGCCCAUAUGAAGUUAGAGACGACCAUCUCUUGAACCCCGAGUUCGUGCCUGUACCUGCCAACAGCUACCUCGGAUUCUCCCUCGAUUCGGGACACAGCAUCACCAGGAGUCGUGGCCUGACGGUGGUGGCUGGAGCACCCAGAGCCAAUCACAGUGGAGCCGUGGUCCUGCUGAAGAAAGAGAACGAGUCCUCCGCCAGACUUUUGGUGGAACACACUCUAUACGGGCCAGGACUCGCCUCCUCCUUUGGAUACGACCUGGCUGUGGUUGACCUGAACGGGGAUGGAUGGCAAGACAUAGUUGUAGGAGCCCCUCAGUUCUACAUGAAGGACAGAGACAUUGGAGGAGCUGUUUACGUCUACAUUAACCAGGCAGGAAGGUGGGAAAGAAUCACUCCUGUCCGUCUAAAUGGGACCAAGGACUCCAUGUUUGGACUGGCAGUCGAGAACAUUGGAGACAUCAAUCAAGACACAUAUGAAGACAUUGCUAUCGGAGCUCCUUAUGAUGACGGCGGUGCAGGAAAAGUCUACAUUUAUCACGGCUCUGCACAAGGAAUCAAAACCAGCCCUGCACAGAUCCUUUCAGGAAAAGAGCACAACAUGCGACUCUUUGGAUAUUCUCUGGCAGGGAACAUGGACUUGGACAGUAACUCCUAUCCAGACGUGGCUGUUGGCUCUCUGUCGGACACAGCUCUGAUCUACAGGGCACGGCCAGUCAUUAGCAUCAGGAAAGAUAUCAAAAUAUCUCCACAGGAAAUUAACCUUACAAUUAAAACCUGUGGUAACAGCAUUUGCUUUGCAGUGGACGCUUGCUUCACCUACAAAGCAAACCCUGAAUCUUACAACCCAAGACUAACUAUUGGCUACUCUGUCGAGGCGGAUGGAGAUCGCAGGAAACAGGGGCUUCCUGCCAGAGUGACGUUCCUGAACAAAUCCCGCUCUGAAACAGACUACCAGUUUAACGGCACCUUGGACCUCCGUGGCCAAAACCAAAAAACAUGCAUCAAGAUAACAGCCAAACUGAAGGACAAUAUUAAGGACAAGAUGCGCAGCAUUCCCAUCGAGGUGUCUGCAGAAAUUGCGGGUACUAAGCGACAGAAGACGAGGAACGGCCUCCCUCAACUCAUGCCCAUAUUAGACUCCUCUGAACCGAGCAAAGACGUCAUUGAGGUCAACUUUGUAAAAGAGGGAUGUGGAAGUGAUCAUAUUUGCCGGAGUAACCUGAAGAUGGAGUAUAAAUUAUACUACAAACAAAGCAACCUAGAUGAGUACUCCCCAUUACCCAUCAAGAACACAGUCCCUGUGUUUCAUCUAAAUUACGAGAGGAAGGACUUAGCUCUGCGUGUGACAGUCAACAACAUGAAUGAAGAUGAUGCUUACGAAGCAAAGCUGGUGGGGACUUUCCCAGAUACGCUGUCAUAUUCUGGAGUCCGCUCACAUCAAACAACGAUGGAAAAGCUAAUCAUCUGUACAGCCAAUCAGAACGGCUCUCAAGCAGACUGUGAGCUGGGGAAUCCUUUUAAGAGAGACUCAAAGACUACAUUUUACAUCAUCCUGAGCACUGUGGGUAUGGCUCUCGACACCACAGAGAUUGAUAUCAACCUGCAGCUCCAAACAACAAGUGUGCAAGAAAAUAUUGCCCCUGUUAAAGUGAAGGCUAAAGUAAUCAUUGAAUUGCCGUUGUCAGUCAGUGGGGAAGCCAGCCCUAAUCAGGUUUCCUUUGGAGGUGUUGUGAAAGGUGAAAGUGCCAUGAAGACAGAAGAAGAGAUUGGAAGUUUGAUUACUUACACAUUCAGAAUAAACAACUUGUGGAAGUCUUCUGUCAGGGCCUCACUUCACAUUCAGUGGCCCAAAUGGAACAAAGACGGUAAAUGGCUUCUGUACCUGGUAAAGGUCACUGCAACAGGACCGGAGGACAUCAUUUGCUCUUCCGAGUCUGAAAUCAACUCUCUCAAACACAUCCAGGAGACUUCUGCAUCCAGGACAAAGCGUGAAAUUGGAGAAAGAAAAACUGUUGGCACAAUGUCCUCCCUGUCAGGCAAAAAAAAAGUUUUGACAUGUGACAGUGAGACCAAAUGUGUGGUGCUCAAGUGCCCCCUACAGGGCAUGGACGGUACAGCAGUUAAACUGAGGUCUCGCCUCUGGAACUCGACUUUUAUUGAGGAUUACGCCUCUAUUUCAAACUUGCACAUCGUUGUGAAGGCCUCGCUCGUCCUUCAUGCUCAGGCUAAAAACAUGAUCCUGAGAACUCCUCACACUGAUGUCACGGUGUCAGUGUCCCCUGAAGGUGCGGUAGCACAGCUAAGUGGAGUUCCCUGGUGGAUCAUACUGGUGGCUGUUCUUGCAGGCAUCUUGAUUUUGGCUUUGUUGGUGUUUCUGCUCUGGAAGUGUGGUUUCUUCAAGAGAGCAUCAAAAGACCAAUACGAUGCUGCAUAUCACAAGGCAGAGAUCCAUGUUCAGCCCUCUGACAAGGACAAACUCUCUGCUGAGGCCUGAUUUAUACUCUGAACAGGGUGUGGAUUCUUCAAACGCUCCAAACAAGAGGACAGCGUCCCUCGUUACCACGCAGUGAGGAUAAGAAAAGAAAUGCCUGAGUACAAAGAUGGAAAAGUCAUGCUUGAUUCUUUUGAAAAAAAGCAGUGGAUGACGACUUGGGUUGAUGAUGAGAGCUACUCGUAACUCAUUUCUUUCUGUUCAAAAUGAUUUUUGCAGACAGGUAUAACCUGAUUUGUUUUAAACAAUCUCAAGACACAAACACACUGAACUUUGUUUUUCUUUUUAUUUGUUGAACAUCAGUAAUCUUUUCUUUUCAGGAAUUAGUUGGGUUCAUGUAUUUGAAUUUUUACACUGUAUAGAUGAAAUGUUUUUUGUUUUUUUUUGUAAGUUUUGUAUAUAUUUAAAUACUUCUGCACACUUUACUGUAUAUUUAUUUUUUGAUAAAAAAAUAAUUUCAUGCAGCCAAAGAGUUGUUUUUUAGUCUUAUGUGUCCUGGAGCAGAUCGACGAAGGACAAAGUUUACUACUGUUUCUAUGGAGUUGUACUGUCUUACUUUAAGCCGAAAGUCUAUGCAAGCAAGGCACAGCUAGCUCAGUGCCAUAUGAAUGUAAAUCAGUAAAUUUUUCCGUUGUGUAUAAUUAUGUGUCUAGUUUUAGUACUUUCCAUCAAAAAGCUUCUGUCCUUUUUCAAAUGACAUUUAGGUACAUUAUCAUUUCACAAUAAUUAAAAGGUGCACAAAUGACUGUUCAAUUGAUUCUUCACCUCUUCUCACUGUUGUGGCAUUCAGGUAGCAUCCACUGUACGGUCUAUAAGUCAUCACUGAAGUAAGACUUUUUAUUCCAUGUGUAGAAUCCAAAGGGAAGAUGGUGAAAAGAAACUGAAAUGUAUGUUUUAUAGAUUUAAUUCAAAGUGAAUGUCUUUCUUGUUUAAAUUGUCAAGUAUAAUAAAAUGCUUAAAAAC